UGGGUUUUUUUCCGGUGUAACUGUAAAAUGGGAUUUUCUGCCCGAGGUUGGAGCGCGUCAGAGUAGAUUUUAGGCAAUAUUUUAACCCGCAAAUUAAUUUAUUUUUUCACGGCAGUUUUUAAUGCCAGUAUACAAAGCGAUGUUUGGCUGUCGCUUUAGUAAAUUCGGAGCUCGAGCGUCCUCUGUGGCUGUCAAGCUCUCCCUCGCCUAAGAAAACAAUGCGGGCCUAGCUAGCGUUAGCAUCUUUGCUAGCAGGCGGAAGCUACUCGAGUAUCUGCUCCAGUGCACCGCAGUGGGGACUCGAGCCUCGGACGAAGCCGUUUUCUUACUGCGCGACAACACACGACCCGCAAUGACCUCUCAACUGCAAGUCUUCUCGCCUCCCUCCAUCUCCUCCAGUGCCUUUUGCCGAGUUAAGAAGCUCAAGGUGGAGAACAAUGUUUGGGACGUGUCCACUACUGAAGCAUACAGCUCCCUAGCGGGCCAGUCGGCGUAUACCUUCACCCCAGCCAUGGCCGUCCCUCCCUUUGCGCCAUCCUUGGUCUUUCCCCCAACAGCGCCCGGAUCUCGCGGUCAAGUGGUGGUUCGGGCAGCUGAUAGCACCGGUAGUCUUCCUCGGGGUUCCAGUCGGCGCAUCGCCGAGCACGCGACGUCGUCCUCCUACGCUCACGUGGAGACUGCCUCGGAAACAAGAGGACACCGACACGGGCACAAGAGAAAGAUGGAGGAGACCAAUGAGGGCAGCGGCAGUGGCUGUGGCAGUGUGCAAAUUCUGGAGGAGCUUUCCGCACCUGCGGCGACAUUCUCUACACGUACGGGCGGGGGCGGAGGAGGCGGCACGGGCCAAUCCAUACCUCACUCGGCACCAACCACCAAAAGUAGUAGCUCCAACGGUGAAGGUGACUAUCAGCUGGUUCAGCACGAGAUCCUCUGCUCGGUGUCCUGCAGCUACGAAGUGUUGGAGUUUUUAGGGAGGGGCACAUUUGGACAAGUGGCCAAGUGCUGGAAGAGGGGUACCAAUGAGAUUGUGGCCAUUAAGAUACUAAAGAACCAUCCUUCAUAUGCUCGCCAGGGACAAAUUGAGGUGGGCAUCCUUAACAGGCUGAGUGCAGAGAAUGCGGACGAGUACAACUUUGUGCGCUCCUACGAGUGCUUCCAGCACAAGGGUCAUACUUGCUUGGUGUUCGAAAUGCUCGAACAGAACUUGUAUGACUUUCUUAAGCACAGCAAGUUUAGCCCACUGCCUCUACGGCACAUCAGACCAAUUCUACAACAGGUGGCCACGGCACUGAUGAAGCUCAAGAGCCUGGGACUAAUUCAUGCUGAUCUGAAGCCUGAGAAUAUUAUGCUGGUGGACCCCCUCAGGCAGCCGUACAGGGUAAAGGUCAUUGACUUUGGAUCUGCAAGCCACGUUUCCAAGGCUGUGUGCUCAACGUACUUGCAGUCUCGCUACUACAGGGCUCCAGAGAUCAUUUUAGGUCUGCCUUUCUGUGAGGCUAUUGACAUGUGGUCUCUGGGCUGUGUGAUUGCUGAGCUUUUUCUGGGUUGGCCUCUUUACCCCGGAGCCUCCGAGUACGAUCAAAUCCGCUAUAUUUCUCAGACUCAAGGCCUGCCGGCUGAGUACCUACUGAGUGCAGGCACGAAAACCAGUCGCUUUUUCAAUCGAGGGCCAGACGCUAGCUACCCACUUUGGAGGCUGAAGACACCAUCCGAACAUGAAAUGGAAAUGGGCAUCAAAUCCAAAGAAGCUAGAAAAUACAUCUUCAACUGUUUGGAUGACAUGAUGCAGGUCAACCUAUCGUCUCAUUUGGAGGGGACUGACAUGUUGGCUGAGAAAGCUGAUAGAAGAGAGUUUAUAGACCUCCUGAAGAGGAUGCUCCGCCUGGACGCUGACAAGCGGAUCACCCCUACAAAGACUCUGGGUCACCCUUUUGUCACAAUGAGCCACCUCAUGGAUUAUCCGCACAGCUCUCACGUGAAGUCGUGCUUCCAAAACAUGGAGAUCUGCAAGCGCCGGAGCACUUACGACAGCAACAAAUCCCUCUACUCCACCAAUGCAGUCCCCAGUGCUGCAGCCGGAAACCUGACUGUUACCUUCAGUAGCCAGCUCAACCAGCAUAACCAGGUGCCUUCUGCGGGAGGAGCGGUGCCUUUGUUAAAUUAUCAGCCAGCUCUGUACCAGCAGGCGACGAUCAACAUUCCUGGUCUGACUCAACAGAGUGUCCCUAUUCCAACACGUCCUGCUGGGCUAUGUAGCCAGGCAGAACCCUUCCAGCAGACUCUGAUUGUUUGCCCACCUUCCACCAUUCAAGGGCUACAGUCAUCAAGCAAGAGCUCCACUUUCCCUGUGAGGAUGGAUAACUCUGUUCCGAUAGUACCUCAGAACCAGCCUGCCCAGUCCUUGCAGAUCCAGCCCAGCAUGCUCACACAGGGUUCCUGUACACCCCUGAUGGUGGCCACUCUGCACCCACCCUCAUCAGGCAUAGCCUCCCAGUAUUCCCUACCAGUCGGGCUAGGUACAGGGGUGGGUCGGCCUACCCUUUUGGAGCACACAGCCACAGUGCUGCAGGCCUGGCCCACCGGAACUCAACAAAUCCUCAUCCCGUCGUCAUGGCAACAGGUUCCGGGUGUGGCCAUCCACAGCUCUGCUCAUCAGGCAAAUAUUACAGAGUCACCACGGGAUUCCCAUCACCCAGACGCCACCGCUCAGCAAGGACACAACUGGAGGAGCACAGCACAAACCAAAACUCAGCAGGAGAGGAAGAAGGUCAAAGCCAGGCGAGGAGAAAACAGAAACAGGGGUAUCUCCACUGCAUCAGUGCUCAGCGCCAAUGCUGUGACAUCAUCCAGCCUCAUGGCCACUAUGUCACAGCCCAUCGUCAUCUCCGACACCCCCAGCCCGGCAGUCAGCAUCAUCACGAUCCACAGUGACACAGACACUGAAGAUGAACGCAAGUUUCACCCAGCCAACAAUGUUACAUUGGGCCAGCGCACCAAUGUCAUCAGCUGCGUGACCGUGCACGACUCUGACUCGUCGACCGCCAGCCCCUUGACACCGCGUCCCCGCGCACUUAACGCAACCAGCGCCGCUUCGUCACGUCAGGCCAAAUCUCUGGCUGUGGUGGCACCUUCAGUCAAAGUUCAGGCGCCUGAGAGAGGAGCCGCUUCACGAAGCCGCCCAGAGACUGUGAACUACAUGAAACCCAAGAGAGUGUCUCAUCAGCAGCCAAGUAGUUCAGGGGAGAGCCUGGAGCGACACGGACUGAUGCUGAGCCAGUCACGCCCCUUAAACCUCAGCCAGGUCCAGCCCCUGGUGUCUUCAUCUCAGGAGCGUACGGGGGCUACCCACGGUGACUCGUCCUUGCGCCGCCAGCAGACCUUCCCGGUGGCCGCCUCUGCGCCACACUACAACUUCCCCGAGGUGUCGGCCCUGGCCUCGGUCUCGGCCACCGGGCCGGGCCUGUACACGUACCCGGCCUCCACCGCCCUCUCGUCCGCCUCUCAGGUCAUGGAGCAGCUGCUGGGCCGCGGCCACGGCGCCCACGGACACUCCCCCUCUGCCUAUGGAGCCGCGUACGCUUCCUCUUCUUCCUCUUCCUCCUCCAGGAGAGACUCGACCAGCCGCAAGGAGUCGGUUAGCAGUCUGCUACACGGCCUGCCGGCGGUCUACCAACAGCAGUUCGCGGCAGCCUCUCCUUAUGUGAGCGUGACGCCGCGGGCCGAGGCGUACGGUGCCUACCAGCUGAGCCCCAGACGCCUCGCACAGUACCCCUACCUAUAAAAUUCUCCGUUCUCUUACAUUGCACCACCAAGGGACGACUGUCACUUAUCCGAUUGCUGCUUAUCAUCACAAGACGUGUCCUUCCACUUAUUUUCCCUUAGGAAACGCGCCCGUAUUUCACCCACUUCAUAUUAGGCGUUGUGGUUAUCGUUUCUUUGUGUGAAGAGAGACCCUGCUCCUGUCACAAGCUGCGACGGCACUUUUAGGCCAGCGUCCUGUGCUAGUGAAGGACUAGCUGACACACUAAUCCAGUCGGUCCCUGUGUUUUAGCUAACCUAAUUACUGUACUUGACCCUCGUCGAUUACUCGCAAAUGUCUUUUUGCUCUGUUUAAUUUAUGUUUUGUCUGUGUGAGGUGGGAAAACGUUGGCGUUGGAUUCAAGCCGCAAAAGGUGGCCCAAAUGUGAUGGCUCAUUGUUAAUUUAAGUGCACAUGUGUUAAUGUGUUUAUGUAGUGACUGUGUUUUAGGCCAGAUGAACCAUGCAAUAGUUUCCCCCCCCCCUUUUCUUUUUAACAGAAUGUAUUUAUGAUGUCUGGAUGAGUGAUAUCAUCAUGCUGGCAAGUGACACAGAAAGCUUUUUGGGUUUUAUUAUUUCAAAAAGAAAAAAAAGAUUGUGUCUCCUUAAAAUAGGAAAAAAAAAUCCUGUUUGUCAUAGGCAUACCUAUUAAAUGCAACAUCCUUUAGCCACUGUUAUUUAGAAUAUCUUAAUGGAUUUAAGUAAGGCCAGUCUAUAUGUAAAAAGAAAAAUAUACCUUUGAGUUUGGAUGCUUGCUAAGUGGCAUAUGACUUUAAAAGUUGAUUACUACAUGCCUUGUACGAAGCUACGAUCCAUCUUGCAGGAAUGAGUUUUUUCCCCCAUAUAUAUAAAUCGGUCAACAAUUGCAGAAGAGAUGUUUUCUUUCAGGUGACUGCGGUGAAAUCUUAGGCUAACUGUGGGUUCUAAAAGCUUUUUAGCCGAUCUUUCCCUGUUUGCAUCGUUUUGUGUUGUAAUGUCUGAGUAUGUAACUGUAAUUUGACCUUAUUCUAAUAGUGAGAAAUGCUACUCGGUAGAACUAAUUCAGGGAAAUGUUUCAGCUCUAUAAUCCACCAUCACUGUUUGCAAUAAAAUUACCACCAACACAAGCCAGUCAGUCUCCUCUCAUUAUAAUGACAACCUGAUAUUAUGCAACUUUGAAAAUCUAUAAGGCGGAAAACACUCAGGUGACUUGAAGUUCCGCUCUGAGACUACCUAAUUUGGCCAACUUUCAAAAUUGUCCGAUAUGCAU